AUCAGCAACGCCCCCACGACCUUUCAGCGAGCUAUGAACAUGACUUUUCAGAAUUUCGUGCGGAAGACUCGUUUGGCGCAGAGCAUCAUCAAUUACUGCGUGAUUGUGUACAUGGAUGACAUCUUGGUGUACUCGAGUUCCUACGAGGGACACGUGCGGCACAUCGAAUGGGCACUGCACGCGUUACGAGAUGCAGGUUUCAAAGUGGCGCUUGAGAAGUGUCAGUUUUUUCUUACCACAAUUUCCUUCUUGGGACACGUGGUGACAGAAAAAGGACUCCAACUGGAGCCGCAGAAGGUGGCAGCUGUCAGGGAUGCGCCGGUGCCUACGACUAUCACACAAGUUCGCGCCUUUCUGGGUCUGGCCUCGUACUACCGAAGAUUUAUCAAGGGCUUCGCGGCGACUGCGGGACCCCUCACAAAUCUGCUACGCAAAGAUCGGCCGUUGAUCUGGACGCAGGAGUGCGAUCAAGCGUUUUCCAAACUCAAGGCCGCUCUCAUUUCGGCUUCGGUCCUUAUAAGACCGGAUCCCGAAAAGCCUUUUGUCCUCAUCAUUGACUGGCAGCCAGAGGCAAUUUCGGCGAUCCUUGCCCAGGUGGGACCUUGCGGACUCGAGAGUGUGGUGGAGUAUGCGUGCCCGCCGGCAAGCGCAACUACGCCGCUCCAACGGGAGAAUGCUACACGGCUCUCUGGGGAAUCAUGGACUGCAUGCUUAGAGGAGCCCAGGGACGAAGAUACUCUACCAUCCCGGCAGGAGUAUCUGAAGCCGUACAACAUCAUCCCUCACGCCUUCUAUCCGAAGGCAGAGGAAGUGGUGGUCGACGACGACGAAGAAGACAACGAUGAGGAAACGUCGGAGGAGGGAAGCUAUAGUGAGUAUAGCCAGGGCGAGCUGGGUGAAGAAGAAGAAGAGGAGGGAGAAGAAGGAAUCGCGUCUGAGUGGGAAGCUUUGCCAGAGGAAGCGGCGCGCACGGGCACGGAGGCGGAAGAUCCGGAAGCAACACGAAAGCGCGAAGAAAUUGCCAUCAGGAAACGCCAACUGGAAUUCGCCAGCGGAGCCAGCCUGCGCAUCGGUAACGAUCCGACCAGAGAUCUGGAGCCGCCAAAGCCCAAAGAUGACAACCCUGCAGCUGCCACCUCAAGCACCGCGCGACGGAGACGGAGCCGAUCCCCCUCCUCCUCCAGCCCCACCCGUCCCCCAGUUCGCCCACGUACCAAUGCGGGCAAUAGGCCUUCGUCCUCGGACGCUAUCCCGCCGACCCCUUGAUUUUCUCACCCUCGAACAGAUCCGCACCCCCGUCA